CAAAAUUAUGUGCUUCUUUCCUUGUUACAUUCUGUGAUAUGUAUCUAUUUGUUUAUUUGGUUUUCUAUAUUUUUUUGUCUGUUUUGGUGAGUAGGUAGGAUUGGGCUUGAUAAAUUGACUGUAUUUAGUCUCUUGUCUUUGUUUCCAGUUAAUAUUGAGAACCAUUUAUAGAUUUGUGCAAAACGUGGUUCUGAGUCUUUUACUCUUUUGUGGAAAAUGUACUUGUAUAGGACAAUUAGUUAUUUAUAGCAAUUGCCGACCUCUGUAAAAGUCAUACUCCCUCCGUCCCAAAUCCCAAUUUAUAUGAGUGUAUUUGACUUGACGUGAAGUUUAAGAAGGAAAGAAAGGCUUUACUUUGUCGAGUCAUUGGUACUUGUGUGGAUGUAAAUCAUUUCAUUAAGGGUAAAUGAGUAUUUUAAAAUUAAAUUGUCACUAAAUAUACAAAUACAAAUGUAUCAUUCUUUUUAGUACCAAUUUUUUGAGAUUGACUAAAAAGGAAAGAGUGUCAUAUAAAUAGGGACGGAGGGAGUAAUUAGUUUGUCAUUAUUAUAAGGCUGAAAUUUAUCUUAAGAUGUUGAAAUAACAGAAAAUUAAGCAUGCCAUGUGUCUGAUAUUCAUUUAAGCCUUUUGGGAUGUCCAAAAAUUGACUUCGUUGAAAACCAUGAAAGUCUUAAAAUGUGGGAGCUUUUGAAAACAAAGAUUCAUCAAGGCUCUCCGGUAAGGCUAGUAUAGUGCUCUUCUAGCUGAUAUAGUAUCAACCUGUGAAGAAAUAUCUUGGGAUUUUAAUUAAUAGAUUAAAUGACAAUAUGUGAAUAAGGACCAUAAUGUCAACUGUCAAGCCUGCGGUUAUUGUUGCGGUAACUCGUGAGGACUUUCCUUCGAUGCAUAAGUGUCUCCGUUCGUGCCUUUUUAGUCUUCGAGAAGAGUCCCUUUAUAAAUUAAAUUUUGAUUCAUCAUAUAUGCAGUGAUGCUUUUGGAUUGUUAAUUAUUACCCAUCUUGCAGCACCUAUUUAUGUUAUUAAAUCAGUACGCCUUCAUACCAAAUAUUGAAUCCACUAAUAGUAAAUAUUACUAAAAGGUCAACUGGAUUUCGAAAAUGUAUCUUCAUAGUUAUUUCAAUGUUUGCACUAUUGAAGUAAUUAGUGAAUGUCUAAUUUACUUUCUUGCUUGCAUCUGAUGGAUCUUGGGAAAAAUAACAAAUUUACAUUUAAUAUAGUGUAGUUGAAGGGGUGGAAUGGAGCAAUGAUGACGACUUUUAACUGAUGACCUCCUUUUGACCACUUUUGGAAGUAUAAAUGGCACAGUUUCUUCAAUUGGUCAACACUGUUUUGAUCAAGCCUUUGUCACUGGUCAAAUUCACUUGCUUCUUCGGUGUGAGAACGAUAUGCAUUGUUAUCCAAACCUGGACAGAGCUAGUGAGGGCUGCUAUGGGUAUUCAUGCCAGCUUACUCUGGAGACUGAUAAUUUGGGCUAUUGCUAUUCUGUCCCUGCCUAUAAGAAGUUUAACUGCUCUACAGAGGGAAAGGGCGUGCAGCUGGAGAUGCAUCUGCAAGAACUGCAAACCGAGUUUGAGAACCUUGUCUGGGAAAGGAAGCAACUUGAGAAUAAAAUACAAGUAGCCAUCAAUGAUAAAAGGAUAUUGCAGGCCAUGUUAGCAGAACUUGAGGAUGAACAUGACGAGGCCAUCGUCAAAAUUGAGCAAUUGGAGGACCAGCUUCAGGAUCUGAAGGUGGAAAAUCAACGAUUGAACGAAGUUCAUGGUAAAGCACUUUCGGAGCAAAGAGACCAUUUUGAUGGCCAAAGUUAUAGCGGUGCUGUUCCAUUUUGGAGAUCAAGUGGCAUUGAGAGCGUAGCCAUAGACCAGGAAGGACUGAAAGAAAAUAAAAGCAAAAGUGGAAGUAUGAACCAUGAUUUUAUGGGAGCCAGAUCCUCUCGAGAUGUCAAGCUUGAGGAUUUCGACACGAGAGAUGUGCUACACCAACGAAGGGAUCUAGCUUUUUCCCAGACCCUUUUUAGUGCAAUAUUAUCGCUCUUAGUUGGAACGAUUGUAUGGAAAGCUGAAGAUGCAUGCAUGCCUCUAAUCCUCGCGUUAUUUACUGUCGUUGGCAUGUCAUUGUGGAGCGUGGUCCAGUUCUUCUCAACCAUUAAAAACAGACCCGCCUCUGAUGCAGUUGCUCUCUUGAGCUUCAACUGGUUUUUACUUGGAACGCUAACGUAUCCUACGUUACCAAGAAUCACUCCUGUAGUUGCACCAGUGUUAUGGGCUCUCUCAGACAGGACUGUGGAGCUGCUAGGUUUCUAAUCUAAGUUUUUGGUCCUCUGGAUGCUUGUAAAGUAGAUGUUUGUAGAAAUGUUUUUUUUUUUUUUUUCUUUUUUUUUCUUUUUUGGUCUGUCUUGUGAAAUUCCUCUGGAACGCAUUGGCGUAUGGAAGAGUUUGGUUUUGCUUAAAUAGUUGUUAUGGAUAAUAAGUAAAUGCAUAAUAUUCGUCUUGGCAAGUAUAAAUUUGAAGUAAUUAAAUGGCACGACU